UUCUGAGAAUUCAGCAGAAGGCAGCCGGUGCGUCUGCCAAUCAGAUGAGGUCUGGGGAUCGAGGCUGCGUGGGGGAGGGAAUGAACUGUAGGGGAAGAAAGCUUGGAUUUGCUUGUAAUUACUGCACCUUCUGACCUACCUCUUUAGUGCCUGGCUGCAGAGAAUCACUCCAGUAGUUCUAAGGCUGGCAUCAGGAGAGAAUCUCCACACUGGCUUCUACAGGCUCUGAAUCAUCCCAGGGGAGAGAACAGCCCUCCACUUUGGCCAAUGGGAGUUCGGGCCAGAGGGAAUCCAUGAAGUCUGAGGGCAUGAAAGAGUCUCGAAGUGAUCAAGAUGAGGGAGGAGAUGAAGAUCACUCUGAUGGGCAGGCAGACCCUCCCAGAGAGGCCAUAGAGCUGAAUGGGACCCAUGAAAAUUCAGACACAAAUAGAACUGAACAGAACCUCUCCAUACAAGGGUCACCAGCCUCAACCAUGGAGAAUGGACUAUUAGAGACUGAGCCGCCACAUGGCUCCACAUUUGGCAGCAAUGGAUAUAUUCUAAGCAAACAGAAGGAAGACACACCAUCUGCCCCACACAGGACUAACUGGUCCCCUAUGGGGGGUUCCACAUUGGGGCCUGGGACUAAAAACUCAUCAUCUACAUUGCAAUCAUCAGACAAAGGCUCUCCGAACACAGACGUAAGGUCAGGACCGAGCCUGAAAGAGAGACGAGUGGAACCGGAGACUAAAAACAGCAUAGAAUCAAACACGCCGCCUGUGACGAUACAUCGGGCACGCAAGACUAUGUCAUGGCCAGCCUCAAGCCCAAUCCUAAAGUUUUUAAAUAGGGAAAAUAAGGAGCCAAUUGUGGUGAAAGAUGACAGCAUGGCCAGACCAGAGGCAGGGCCGCCUCAGCCAUCUCCACUUCAGAAUCACCUACCUCAAAGCCAAACUGAUGCCACAACAGUACUGACCACAACAACAGCCAAGCCACAAACAGCAGCAUUCAUGUCAAGAAAGAAAAAGAGGAAGAUGGGGACAUACAGCCUUGUCCCCAAGAAGAAAAACAAAGUCUUGAAACAACGCACAGUUCUAGAGAUGUUUCAGCCAGUCUCCCAGUCUUCACCUAACCGUCAGCAGCCAAAGGAAGCAGUACACAUGAAUGGAGAGAAAAUGGAGAAUGAAUCCGAUGAAGAGGAGUCAGAGGAAGGAGAAGACACAGAGGAUGAUGAGGAACAGCCCACAGAGGAUGGAGCCAAAUCUUCUCAGGAGGAAACCAGAAUAGCUUCAGUCUCUCAGCCUCUUGUUGAAGAACAGGAGUCUGAGGAGUCACCAGAUGGUGAGGGUGAAGAGGAAGGGGACGAGUCAGACUUGUUUUGUCCUCCUCAGAGUUCAGAGUCUAGCUUGAAGAAGAAAUGGAAGAAGAAAGUCAAGGGAGACUACGCUUGGCUCAGACCAUCCAGGAAACGCAAGAGGAAAUUAAAAGCAAAGACAGAAGCACUCUCUGGAAUGGUGUCCCAGUCUCAAUCAGAAAGCCAGAGCUCACCAUCAGCCCCUGCUGAGCACAUGAAAGAGUAUAAAGAGGUCCCACUAGACUCCCUCAAUCUGGCGGCACAGGAAGCCUUACUGACAUCUCCGAGCACAGGGCCAAUGGAGAGCAUAGUUGCUGACAUGGUGCAAGAACUUCCCCUUUGUAGCUGCCGAAUGGAGACACCCAAGAGCAGAGAGAUCCUCACCCUGGCGGACAGGAAGUGCAUGGCAACUGAGAGCAUUGACGGCCAGCUGAGCCGAUGUCAGAGCGCAGUUCUAAAGCACGAGAUGAUGAGGCCUUCAAACAUUGUCCAACUGCUGGUUCUGUGUGAGGACCAUCGCACAGGCAUGGUCAAACAUCAGUGCUGCCCAGGCUGUGGCUUCUUUUGCAGAGCCGGUACCUUCAUGGAGUGUCAGCCAGAGUUGAAUAUCUCCCACCGUUUUCAUCGGGCCUGUGCUUCGGUUCUGAAUGGUCAGAACUUUUGUCCACACUGUGGAGAGGAGGUCAGCAAGGCCAAGGAGGUCACCAUUGCCAAGGCUGAUACGACCUCAACUGUACCUCUCACCCAAGGCCCCUGCACCCCCAGCACCUCAGAGGGCAAAGCGGACACCACCACUGGAGGGUCCACUCGUCUCUCAGUGAUUGGGGAGGGCAAAGCUGACAGCACCUUGCCCAAAUCUGCAGAAUCACAGGACACAUUUGUGUCCCCUGUUGACUCCAAAGCAAGAACAGCGGGAGCAGGAACUGCUACUGUAACUCCACCAGGACCACCUAAAGAGACUCUGGAAAGUGUCCUGCUGGCUCUAGAUGCAGAAAAACCCAAGAAGCUUCGGUUCCACCCAAAACAACUGUACAUUUCUGCCAAACAAGGGGAGCUGCAGAAGGUUUUGCUGAUGUUGGUGGAUGGGAUCGACCCCAACUUUAAGAUGGAGAGUCAAAAUAAACGCACACCGCUCCAUGUAGCAGCCGAGGCUGGUCAUCAAGAGGUCUGCCACAUGCUGGUACAGGCUGGCGCAAACCUUGACAUGUGUGAUGAAGACCAGCGGACGCCCCUGAUGGAGGCCUGUGAGAACAACCACCUGGACACAGUGCGCUACCUGCUGCGGGCUGGGGCCAUUGUCUCUCAUAAGGAUGUUGAAGGCUCAACGUGUCUUCAUCUUGCUGCUAAGGCUGGGCAUUUUGACAUUGUACAACAUCUGCUGUCUACAGGCCUUAUAGAUGUUAAUUUUCAGGAUGAUGGAGGUUGGACAGCCAUGAUUUGGGCCACAGAGUACAAGCAUGUAGACCAAGUGAAACUCUUACUCUCCAAAGGGGCUGAUAUCAACAUCAGAGACAAGGAGGAAAAUAUCUGUCUGCACUGGGCGGCAUUCUCCGGCUGUGUUGAGAUAGCCCAGACCCUGAUGGCUGCCAAGUGUGACCUCAACGCAGUCAAUAUGCACGGAGACUCGCCUUUGCACAUAGCAUCGCGAGAGAACCGGCUCGAAUGUGUCAAUUUGUUUCUGUCACGGGGGGCUGAUGCAACCCAGAAGAAUAAAGAGGGAGAGAUGCCCAUGCAGUGCUGCAGCCAGAACUCGAAGGUUUGGAGCGCUCUGCAAGCUAGCAAGAAGCAGAGAGAAGCUAACAUCAACCUGAAGGCCCCUGCAGAGAAGCUGCUCAACAGGGACAUUGCCAGAGGCUAUGAGAAAGUCCCCGUCCCGUGCGUGAACGCGGUGGACAAUGAACCCUGUCCUGACAACUACAAAUAUGUCCCUGAUAGCUGUGUGACUUCCCCAAUGAACAUUGACAAAAACAUUACUCACUUGCAGUACUGUGUUUGUAAGGACGACUGCUCUUCAGCUAGCUGCAUGUGUGGCCAACUCAGCUUACGGUGCUGGUAUGAUCAAGAGAACCGUCUGUUACCUGAGUUCUGCAGUGAGGAACCGCCCCUUAUCUUUGAGUGUAACCAUGCCUGCUCCUGCUGGAGAACCUGCAAGAACCGUGUAGUACAGAACGGACUGAGGAUAAGACUGCAGCUGUUCAGGACAAAGAAGAUGGGAUGGGGUGUCAAGACGUUACAAGAUAUCCCACAAGGAACCUUUGUUUGCGAAUACGUGGGUGAGAUCAUCUCUGACACUGAGGCAGAUGUCAGAGAGAAUGACUCCUAUCUUUUCAGUCUGGACAGCAAGGUGGGUGAUAUGUACUGUGUUGAUGCCCGAUUCUACGGUAACAUCAGCCGCUUCAUAAACCAUCACUGUGAGCCCAAUCUGUUCGCCUGUCGAGUGUUCACCUCUCACCAGGACCUCAGGUUUCCUCACAUCGCGUUCUUCGCCAGCAAGAACAUCACCGCUGGAGACGAACUUGGGUUUGAUUAUGGUGAUCACUUUUGGGACGUAAAGGGGAAGCAGUUCAGCUGCCAGUGUGGGUCCUCCAAAUGUAAACACUCUGCAGCAGCCAUCGCCCAGAGACAGGCGGACAGCACGCCGGGUCACCAGCAGCCCAGCACCCUGCCCGAUACCAGCUCCUCCACCCCAUCCAGCCCCAGCUAAACUCCCAACAGCCACGUCUCUGCCAUAAAACAUCUGGUUCUCCACCAUCUGUCUGCCUGUCACCUCUUUUAUCACCAGCACCGGCAAACCUCCUGGACCUUCUACCCACCUGGGGCACUUGAUGCUACAUCCACAGUGCCAUGUUUGUAGCGUAGUCUUGUGGUUAGCCAACCUGAUUGGUUGACGCUUCGGUUUGGGGGCUAAAAAUACAAGGUGCACAGUUGGACUGGCGUUAGAGAUAUUCAGUCCUAACUUGUUUUGUAUAUUUUUCCUUAAUUUUCAGCUCCACCACUGAUAUCGCUAUACUUCUUCCAAUGUAAUAAAAAUGAUUUCUUUAUAGAUUUCUGUUCUCUUGAGUAUAAGAUAAUGUUUGGACCAGUUAAGGGAUUAUGUAUUAGUCUGGUACGUUACCAUUAAAUACUACCUUACUCUUGUCAACAAGCAGUCCACGCACAUCUUUAAAAAAAACAAAAGAUAAUUUAACACUUCAGUUUUUAGUUUGAUAAAUUUACAGAAUAUGCAGCAAAUCAUUUUAUGAUAUUGAAAACUGACCUUGUGUUUCUUGAUACAGACUUUUCCCAUUGCAAUCCGUUUUGUGCUCAGGAGUGUGCCGUAUUAAUGUCAAAUGAACUAUAGACUCACGUAUGAGCUCUCUUCUGUGUGUAGCUUCUCUCAGUUGGACAUGAGCUCUGAUGCAAAGCGUCAAGUCAGUGCUACCAACAUGAAGAAUCUAAUCUGCACAUUCUUUACCUAUUUUCCUUGACUAAAAAUGCUUUUUAAUGGCGAAUCGCCAUUGAAAGUACCAAUUAAUCCAGGACUAGGCUAAAUAAGAGUCUAAAAACCAGCCCUAUGGGUUACUUUUGUGCAUGAAACAGGCCUGAAUUGACAUGUCUGUUCUUUUACGCAUAUUUCGGGCAGCCAGUCACUGCAACAGAAAACGGUAAAAUGGUUUGAACAUUUCUGUACGUACUUUCAGUUAGAAUGAUGGAACACAUUAGCAUGCUUUUGAGGCACGUGCUUUAGGAAUAGGACCAGAAUGUUUAGCUCUGGUGGAUGAAGUGAGGUAUAUGAAAAUUCAAAUGGUGCUGAAAAAUGGUUUUUGUUUUAUUUUUGUAUUACUCACUAAGUGAAUAUAAGUUGUAAAAUACUAUAAAGCAAGUGUUUCAUUUUUUUAAUUUUUUUUUUUCAUUUGUAUUUUUACAUUUACCUUUUCUAACAGUAGUUGACAUAUUUAGCCUGUAUUGAUUUUGUUUCAUAAGUUCAUGUGUAUAGUGAAGCUAUUACUGUCUUUUUAAAUGUUGAUAAUGUAGUCAUGUUCUUAGUGAUAAUCCAGACAUUUAGACACAAAACGGGGAUUAAAAAGGAAAAAACCUGUAACAUAUUUCUGAACAUGCAGGACAAGUUGCACACGUUUUUUUUUUCCCCCCAAUAAAGU